AUGGCACAGGCUAGGGAAGAAGCAGGGGACAGCAGACUGGUGUCUGGUAGGGAGCUCUCACACAUCAUCAGAGUGUCUGUCAAGACUCCACAGGACUGCCAAGAAUUUAUGCUGGCAGAAAAUAGCAGCGUCCGCCACUUUAAGAAGCAGAUCUCCAAACGUCUUCACUGUGACACGGAUCGACUGGUGCUUAUCUUCACUGGAAAGAUCCUCCGGGAUCAAGAUAUUCUGAGUCAGCGUGGCGUUCUUGAUGGUGCAACAGUCCAUUUGGUGGUAAGGACCCGCAUGAAGGGAACUCAGCCAAGUGCUGGGAGUCAACCAGGUCCCACGUGCCCCUGUACUCAACGCACUGAAUCAUCCACCUCAGAGAGUGUCAGUGUGCUGGCGCGUCUGGGCCGUCUGGUGAGAAACUCACCUGAUUUGGCUGACUUUUUAGCCCAGCUGGGUCAACUCCUGAUGACUGCACCUGAGUCUGUGCUUCAGUUCUUGGAAGACCCGCUGGUUCAAGGUGGUGUGGCAAGUGAGAAGCCUGCUCAUACUAGCCAUGCUCCUGAGUCCUCAAGAACGUUACAGAAACCUGAGCCAACCCUUAAGACUCCAGAAACCUUACAGAGCCCAGCCCAACAGCAGGAGUUGCUGCAGGCAGCCAAGCCUGGGCCAGAGACCCUGAUGGCUGUGCCAGGUGGUGACAAUGUGACUCCUCAGGUCUGCUCUAAUAUGCAGCACCUCAUGCUCUGCACUCUGGCCCAGCUGGUCUCCUGCAAAGGCCACAACACAGGUUCAGAACACUGCAGAGAUGAAGCCAGCGCUCUUAGCAGUACCGACACCCCUGCCCACAUCCCUACUGCCUUUGCGCCUGUGAAGUCACUGGUGCAGGAGAUCAGGGCAGGAAUAGCCGCCCAGGCCAGAGGCGUGGCCUCAAACCAAACCAAUUCAGGGAGUAGAAAUGUUAUGCUGGACUUCUCAGGUCAGGAUUCUGCCUCCCAGGACAGCCAGCAGCCCAUGGAGAAAGCAAAUCCAGCCAAUCAGCUGAGACCAUCACCAUCUGACUUGCGUCGAGCCUUGCAUGUUCUGCAACAGAAUCCAGCCUUGCUACACCAGCUAACAACAGGCAGCCCCCUGAGGCAUCACAUACCACUUCUUCCAAUCCUCACCAACCCAAGAGCACUGCAGGCAUUGAUACAGAUAGAAAAGGGCCUGCAAACGCUGUCCAGGGAAGUGCCUGGGCUAGGACCUUGCUUAUGGGGCACAGGUAGACCACAUGGAGCUAGAGGAGUCCCUGAAAGUAGAGGCGGAGGACAAGACCAUAGAGCAGACCCUGUGCAACCAACCAUGGCCGUUCUUCAGCUUCUCAAUGCACUGGCCAAUGCCUGCGCCCAGCCUACCCAACUCUCACUAUGCUCAUUACCCCUCACAGAUGGUCGCUACCAGCAAGAAUUGGAGCAUCUGAGGGCCAUGGGUUUUGUUAAUCAUGAUGCCAAUCUACAGGCCCUGAUCGCCACAAAUGGAGAUAUUCAUGCUGCCAUAGAGAAGCUGCUGGGGAUACAAGAACCCUAG